GAGUAAUCCUGUGGCCAUUUUUGUGAUGGCGGCCGAUAUUUAUAGAUCGUAAGGGUGUUGUUAGUUUUCAAUAAUAAAUGUUUUAAAAUGGAGGAGACUAAAGUUAUUUAUUACAUAGACGACGAGGAGACGCCGUAUCUCGUUAAAAUACCGAUAUCGCCCGAAAAAGUGACUCUGUUGGACUUUAAAAAUCAAUUGAACAGACCAAAUUACAAGUUUUUUUUCAAAUCGAUGGACGAUGAUUUCGGUGUUGUUAAAGAGGAGAUCGUCGACGAUAACGCUCAUUUGCCGUGUUUUAACGGUCGUGUAGUGUCGUGGCUAGUGUCUGCGGAGGGCUCCAACCCUUCGGAUGGUGCCUCGCAGUGCACCGACAGUAACGCUGGUAAAACGAAACCAAACAUCCACGGAGCACCCACUGUGCCACUCACAAGGGAAACCUGCACUGACACGGAUAGCACGAUCAGCUCCCGACCGGGUCACAGGGCUUCGUGCGACAAAUACAAAUAUAGAGGCCUAAGAAUAAACGGACAUUCGAAAUACGGGAACCAUGGCCUGGAGUACGAAACAGCGUCGGUCCUUAGCUCAGAUUUGGACUCUACAAGCUUGUUCGACAGUCAAUCAGAAAUUACAACCACUACAGGUAGACACACAAACGCUUCUGUUGACCGAGCGCUCACAGAGUGCAGUAGCGUGUCCCAUCUCCAAGUAAGUUCUAGAAAGAGACCACAGAGACGACGGAAGAGGCCCCAAGUAAUGUCACGAACGUCUUCCUACUCCUCAAUUACUGACUCGACGAUGUCAAUGCACAUAAUCACGGUGACUUUGAACAUGGAUACUGUCAAUUUCCUGGGUAUAUCCAUUGUGGGACAGUCAAAUAAAGGUGGGGAUGGUGGGAUCUAUGUGGGGAGUAUUAUGAAAGGUGGUGCAGUGGCUUUGGACGGACGUAUCGAGCCCGGUGACAUGAUCUUACAGGUGAACGAUGUUAACUUUGAGGACAUGACCAACGACGAGGCGGUGAGGGUAUUGCGCGAGGUGGUCCAGAAGCCUGGACCGAUAAAGCUGGUGGUGGCAAAGUGCUGGGACCCGAACCCUAAAGGCUACUUCACUAUACCGAGGACGGAGCCCGUCAGACCUAUCGAUCCUGGUGCCUGGGUAGCCCACACACAGGCCCUCCGCGAUGCCUACCCUCCACCGCCCCUAUCAACGCUCCCCGCUGCCUCCAUACCAGAGAGGGCCUCAGACGCUGGCUCGUUGCCACCGGAGCCCCAGCUGUCUGUAGGGAUGGAUAUGGCCCUCGUUGUUAGGGCCAUGCUAAGGCCUGAUUCGGGUCUAGAAAUACGCGACCGCAUGUGGCUGAAGAUAACGAUACCCAACGCUUUCAUCGGAGCGGAUGUGGUGGACUGGAUACUCCAGCACGUGGCCGGCAUCGCUGACAGACGCGACGCUAGGAAGUACGCUUCGCAUAUGCUUAAGGCUGGCUUCAUCCGACACACGGUGAACAAGAUAACCUUCAGCGAGCAGUGCUACUACGUGGCGGGCGAGCUGUGCGCCGACCUCGCCGCCCUGCGCCUGCGCAGCGCCGACCAGGACAGCCUCGCCUCCGACACGCUCGCGCCGCUGCCCAACCCCAACAUGAUGGGCCCGGGCUACAUGCCCUACGCAGGCUCAUACGGCUACCAGCCCAUACCCUUCAAGUACUCCUCGUGUGUGACCAGCGAACACACUAUCUAUGGAUACAAUCGAGAGGAGAGCGUUCUGUCUGGGAGUGGCGGCUCCAGCGCCGGAUCAGACCACCUCACUGCUAAGGAACCAGUCGCUGCGACCCGCGAGAACGAGGUGAAGUCGACUUCGAGCGGGUCGGGCGCCAGUGUGGGCGCGGACGGGGGCGGGGGCGGCACGCGCCGCUCGCACUCGCACUCCAGCGGCUCCGACCGCGCCGCCGACCGCCCCGUGCUGUUCCUGUAACGGACAAGGUUCUGAAGCGUCCGCCACUGCCAAAUAAUUUAUAGGAUUUUUUCGUACGUAUUAUGUGUUAUGAACAAUUACACUGUGUAAUAAUUAUUAUUAAUGGAAUCACCGUACACGACCAUACUGUCCGUGGUUUCAACCGUGGACCAACGGAUACCAUAGGAUAGACGGCGUUAUGCAAGACAUUUCCAUCAAAAAUUUAAUUAUUAAAUUUUGUACUCCAUUUUUUUUUGUUACUGUUCGGUAAUAUUCUAAAAUCUAAUAACAGUAAAGUAAAAAAUCA